AUGGAUGCUCUUAUCGCUAAAAUAGAUGGAACUGCAGCCUAUCUCGACUACAUGUUUGCUGGUAGAACCAUCGGCAAACACAAUGUGCGACUAGAAGCCGUAUUCAAGCGGAUUCAAGACUACGGAUUCCGUGUUCGACUUGACAAAUAUCCAGAAAAGAUCGAAGCCAUCCAGAAGAUGCCAGCUCCGAAGGACGUCAGUCAACUUACCUCUUUUCUGUCAAUCCUAAGCUUGGAUCUCCUGUUGACCCACUCUGACCCAAAUCUUCCUAUCAUCGUUGCCGCUGAUGCUUCGAAUUGCGGAAUGGGAGCAACCCUCUCACAUCGCUUCGCAGAUGGAUGCGAGAAGAGACGCUCGUCACGAACAACGGAACGCAGUUCACGUCGUCUCAGUUCAUUCUGCCGUUCCCGAGCAAUCUUGCACAUUCACACGCCGCCGUUCCAUCCACAAAGCAAUGGACAAGCAGAACGUUUUGUGGACACCUUCAAAAGAACACUUGCCAAGCUGAAGGGGGAGGAACCAACAGUGGACGCACUACAGAUGUUUCUGAUGGCAUAUCGCUCCACUCCCUGCCCGUCUGCACCUGACCAGCGUCCACCUGUCGAAGCCUUCCUGGGAAGCCGAUUGCGAACGGAACUCGAUCUAAUGCUACCUUCUAGAGAUCUCACAAACGAUACACGAGAUAUCAAAAUGGAAUCUCAAUCCAAUCGUCGAAAUAGAGCACGACGCCGCAGCUCUGAGAUCAACGACGCGAUUUUUGUCAAGGAUUGUCGAGGACAGAAACUUGGACUACAAUCUUUAUAUCACCCUUGCACAUUCACUGAAGAAAGGAAAGAAAGGCAUUCCACUACAGUUUCAUUCAUUAGAAGUGUUCGACCUACUGAAUGUCUGUUUCUUUUGUAA